GGCCUGAGCUUUUUGAGUACGUCGACAAGCGAGAGCGGACCACACUUCCAACGAGCCACACAGAACCACACAAACAAAGCAGCAAACUAUCGUCAACUAGCCGACAACGAGCGCUUUACAGAUCAAACAAGAACACAAGAUGGUGGCCAAGCAGAGGAUCCGAAUGGCAAACGAGAAGCACAGCAAGAACAUCACUCAGCGGGGCAACGUGGCCAAGUCCACGAGGAGCCUGACCGAGGACAAAGGUGUUGGACCAUGGCUGCUCGCGCUCUUCAUUUUUGUCGUUUGCGGUUCAGCCAUUUUCCAGAUCAUCCAGAGCAUCAGGAUGGGCAUGUAGUGAUGACAUCAUCACACUUGCUGACCAACCAAAACAUUCCUGAACUUUGACCUGCGAUCAUUCCUGGCUGGAAUCCCCCCCCCACCACCACAACCACCACCACCAAUACAUGUGCACAGAUGGUUUUUCCCACUCAUCUUGUUUAUUCAACGUGUUGCCGCCGCCGACCUUGUCGCUGUUUGUGCCUGUGUUUACAUGUGCCUAAGCUCCGCCCCUACUGAUUGGCGCUUAUCAAACAGACGGAGGGCGGGGUCAAAGUGCGUCUGGGUUCUGAGGAACAAGAUGUGUAUGUCUGUGUGUGUGUGUGUGUGUGCCGCGCGCCUGUGUUUGGGAGAGAUUAAAUAAAGUUUCACCUGAACACAACUCGUCUGUAUGGCCAGCAGGUGGCGCUGUUUGUGUGACAUCUGUUACAGCUUCCUGUUUCGAUUACUUGUCACGUUAGCGCGAUGAUGUCGCUUGUAGUUUAGAAAUCUAAUCGAGGCAAAGGGACACAAGAUGGUCCCUUUGCCAUGGUAACACCUACAUCAGCAAGAAGACUGUUUGGUUUUAUUUGACAGUAAAAGUUUUAGUCGCUUUGUGAA